CAUCAGAAAGAUUGUGCAAAGGAAAGGCCAUAUUCAUGUUCAGAAUGUGGAAAGUGUUUUACCAAGAAAUCAAAUCUUGUGAGACACAAGAGAAGCUACAAAGGAGAGAAGCCGUUUUCAUGUCCACAAUGUGAGAAAUGUUUUACUGGGAAACAAGGUCUUGUUCGCCAUCAAAGAACUCACACAGGAGAGAAGCCAUUUCCAUGUUCAGAAUGUGGGAAAUGUUUUACUCAGAAAUCAUACCUUGUUGUACAUCAAAGAACUCACACAGGAGAGAAGCCAUUUUCAUGUUCAGAAUGUGGGAAAUGUUUUACUUAUAAAUUAGACCUUGUUGUACAUCAAAGAAAUCACACAGGAGAGAAGCCAUUUUCAUGUUCAGAAUGUGGAAAAUGUUUUGCUUUUAAAUCAUGUCUUGUUGUACAUGAAAGAACUCACACAGGAGAGAAGCCAUUUUCAUGUUCAGAAUGUGGGAAAUGUUUUAAUUAUAAAUCAGGUCUUGUUGUACAUCAAAGAACUCACACAGGAGAGAAGCCAUUUUCAUGUUCAGAGUGUGGGAAAUGUUUUGCUCAGAAAUCAGAUCUUGUUAAACAUCAAAGAACUCACACAGGGGAGAAGCCAUUUCCAUGUUCAGAAUGUGUGAAAUGUUUUACUCAGAAAUCAGACCUUGUUUUACAUCAAAGAACUCACACAGGAGAGAAGCCAUUUUCAUGUUCAGAAUGUGGGAAAUGUUUUGCUCAGAAAUCAGAUCUUAUUAAACAUCAAAGAACUCACACAGGGGAGAAGCCAUUUCCAUGUUCAGAAUGUGUGAAAUGUUUUACUCAGAAAUCAGACCUUGUUUUACAUCAAAGAACUCACACAGGAGAAAAGCCAUUUUCAUGUUCAGAAUGUGGGAAAUGUUUUGCUCAGAAAUCAGACCUUGUUGUACAUAGAAAAACUCACUCAGGAGAGAAGCCAUUUUCUUGCGCAGAAUGUGGGAAAUGUUUUGCUCAAAAAUCAAUUCUUGUUAAACAUCUAAUAACUCACACAGGGGAUAAGCCAUUUUUAUGUUCAGAAUGUGGCAAAUGUUUUACUCGCAAAUCAGACCUUGUUGUACAUCGAAAAACUCACACAGGAGAGAAGCCAUUUUCAUGUUCUAACACAGGGGAGAACAUGAAGCAGAUAACCAAAAUGCGUCUUAUACGAGAAGAGGAGCUGAAUAUCCAACUCUCUGAAGAACAGUGCGGAUUUAUCUCUAGCGCUCACGUGGCUGCUCCCCCUGUAUUCGUAUACAGGAAAGUUCAUAUAAGAUAUGUUGUCGAGGGUAUGGGACUCCUCCUCUCCUUUUGUCACAUGGUAUUAGAGAAUCUUCUCAAUGUUGGAGGUUUGGGACCAAUCCCGGGGCCCCCACCUCACUCCCUGAUACAUGAGGAAAUGGAUGAACAGAAGAUCCUAGAACUUAUCAACAAGAUGAUGGAGCUGCUGACUGGAGAGGUUCCUAUAAGGUGUCAGGACGUGGCGGUCUAUUUCUCCAUGGAGGAGUGGGAGUAUGUAGAAGGACACAAGGAUCAGUACAAGGAUCAGGUCAUGAUGGAGGAUCAGCAGCCCCUCACAUCACCAGUCAGAUCCAGUAAGAGAACAGCACCAGAGAGGUGUCCCCGUCCUCUUCUUCCACAGGAUGAUCAGGGAGAAGAUCCGAACAAUAUUAAUGCUGCAGAGACAGAUGUGAGUGGUAAUGAGCAGUAUAAGGAGGACAUUCCUACAGAGAAAGAUCUGAUCUAUAUUAAUGCUACAGACAUAAAGAAAGAAGAAGAAGAAACAGAUGUGAGCGGUGAUGAGCAGUAUAAGGAGAACAUUCCUACAGGAAAAGAUCUGAUCUAUAUUAAUGCUACAGACAUAAAGAAAGAAGAAGAGACAGAUAUGAGCGGUGAUGAGCAGUAUAAGGAGGACAUUCCUACAGGUAACCUCCCAGAUUCUUGUAGCAGGAGAUCAGAGGAGAAUCUUAUAUCUUCAGAUUAUAAAGCAGAUGAUGAUAUCACACAAGAUACAUAUGAAGAACAUUCCAUUAUCCCAGAUACACCCUCAGCCCUUCACAGCCAAGAUCUGUCAUCUCAUCCUUAUAUACAGGUCCUGUCUUCUCAGUCAUCACAGGAUGUUCAGCAAAAAAACGGUCACAGAAGGGGUGUUGGACAUCAACAAGCUCAUACAGGAAAGAAACCAUAUUCAUGCUCAGAAUGUGGGAAAUGUUUUAGUUUUAAAUCAGGUCUUGUUACACAUCAAAGAACUCACACAGGAGAGAAGCCAUUUUCAUGUUCAGAAUGUGGGAAAUGUUUUAAUCAGAAAUCAAUUCUUGUUGUACAUAAAAGAACUCACACAGGAGAGAAGCCAUUUUCAUGUUCAGAAUGUGGGAAAUGUUUUGCUUUUCAAUCAGGUCUUGUUAGACAUCAAAGAACUCACACAGGAGAGAAGCCGUUUUCAUGUUCAGAAUGUGGGAAAUGUUUUACUUUUCAAUCAAGUCUUGUUCAACAUCAAAGAACUCACACAGGAGAGAAGCCAUUUUCAUGUUCAAAAUGUGGGAAAUGUUUUACUCAGAAACCGCAUCUUGUUGUACAUCAAAUAACUCACACAGGAGAGAAGCCAUUUUCAUGUUCAAAAUGUGGGAAAUGUUUUACUAAGAAAUCAAGUCUUCAUCAGCAUCAAAGAAAAGAACUCACACAGGGGAGAAGUCAAUUCAGAGGAAUAAUUGAUGCAGAUAACACAUCUAUAAAUUAUCCAUGUACAUAGGAUAUCUGACAUUUAUACAUAUAUCAUAUACUGCAUCUCCAAACUUGUU